UCAAUUUUCCCCUCACAAAAGAAGAGACCACUCUUCAACCAGAAAAAGACAAAUAUAAGUUAUGGCUGUUAUUGUCCCAUGUUGAUUGUUGAGCUAGAUCACAAUUCUAGAUAUGAUUUGUAAAUUUGAUACGAAGUUGAUUAAGUAUUGGUGGAUUUGGGAACAAACUUAGCAGGUUAACGGUUAAACCCAUCAGCCCUCUCUUAAAUUAAUGGGUGGAGUCAACCCCGGCUGAACAAUUAAUACAAAUCCGAAAAUACAUGAUCAUUUAUAGAUUGAACAACCUUAAACAUAGCAGAAUUUACAAGUUUACGAACACAAACCACCCAUUAAUAGUCGUGAUUCAGUAUGAAUCUUUUUGUAUCUUCUGUCAGUAUUCAAUUUGUAGAGUGCCUCAAUGAAGGAUGUGAAGACAGUACUAGUUUAUGCUUGAGGGAGUGUCUUCUACAUAUCAUUGCAAGACAAACCAAUGAAGUUUUCACAAGAGUGGAAUCUUAAUGGCAAACCAAUUUGGAGUUGCGGAGGUAGAAUCUUAAUGGCGACAAUUGGGAUGCACAGACCUGGGUUCCUGAAAACUUCAUGCUAUGGAAUGAGAAAUCGUCACAACUUUCAUAGAAUUUCUGCUUUUUGGACUAUGACAAUGAAUUCCAAAUCUUCCCAGAAGAGGGAAUAUGAGGAGUUCUCAAUUAAGCUUCGGGAACACUUUGUUUCUGAGAUGGAAACACUGUGUCCAUCCAAUCUUCAAUUCGACAGGCUGCAGCAAUUGGAUCAAGAUCUCAUUCCACAGAACAAAAUUGAGUUCGGACAGUUUGUGGUGCGUAAAGCUGCAGACGAAGAAGAAUUAUGGGCAGCAGCAUGGCUCAGAGCAGAAAGUCACUGGGAGGAUCGGAAAAAUGACCGGUAUGUUGAUAGCUUCAAAAGGAAAUUUGCAGAGCAGGAAUUCACCGCAUUAAGAAGGCGAUGCAAGGCACAACUUGGGCAUAAAUGCACCUGCAUUGUGACGAUAAAGGAGGAAGAGAGAAACGUGAAGCAUACCGUAUUGAAGAACGUAUUUGGAACCCUAGAUUUGAUCAUCCAACAGUUGCUGGACGAAGAGACCUUUCAUGGGGAACAAGUAAAAUCCCCUCUCUUCUGCAGCACAAAUGGAAAAGGUAACAACAAAUAUGGUUACAUUGCAAACUUGUGUGUUGCCAAAUCAGCACGUCGCCUGGGUAUUGCGAGCAGCAUGGUUCGUUUUGCCAUUAUAACAGCCAAAACAAAUGGUGCAGAGCAGGUGUUUGUUCAUGUUCAUAGAUAUAACAGACCUGCACAGGAACUGUACCGCAAGAUAGGCUUUGAGGUGGUCGAAAUGGCAAGCCCGCAGUUGUCAGAAGAGCAAACUUACUUGCUUCGCUUCAGGGCAUAAUCAAAGAAAAAACAUUGCAGGACAGAGCUUAAAGAACUUAUCCAGAAAUUUGGAAAACUGCACACAAUGCCUUUGAAAGUUGUAACACAAGGAGCGAUGGACGCCACUAAAAAAGGCAGUGAAAAUGUUUUCAACCUCAUCUAUCAGAGAUGACAGACUAUAAGCAAUGUGCAACACUGCUUACAGAUGAUUCUGGGAACAAUAUCUUGCAUUUAGGUAGAAGAUUGGCACCUAUACAUAAACUCAGUCUUGUUUCUGGCGCGGCUCUUCAGAUGCAGCGUGAGUUACAGUGGUUUAAGGUGCUGGCUUUGUUCUUAUUCUAAAGAUCCAUUAAUGUUGAUUCCCUUCUCUGUGAGCCUUCAGUGCUGCGCUUGAUCUUGUGUUAGGUCAUAAAAAGGCAUGGAUCCUUGUGCCAAUGGCUGCAUUAGCCUGUUUACCCGUUACUUCAUAUGCGUCUCUACAAUUCCCACUCCUAGUUGAUGUAAUCUCCUCGACAUAUAGCCGUGUGUCACGGGGUAACACUUAGUUUUUUUUUUUUAGGCUACUUGUGAAGGCAUUGCCACUGCAAUCAACAACACACAACGUCAAGAACAAGAACAGAAACUCAAAUACAAAGACACACAUAUUUACUAGAACAACACUUCCAAACUUUAUAUAUUGAACUCAAUACAAUUUGCAAGGAAACUCAGCAAAAAUAUUCUCUGUCUAGCAGAAAGUCCAAGUACUCUUAUUUAUACAAGGAGUAUGGUAGAUGACACUUCGAUCUGUCAAAGGAUAGUUACACACAUUCUGCUAUUCCAUAGCAAAUUUGGUCAACAAGCAUGUUCUCUGUG